UCCAUUCCCUCGUUUCCAUCACACUUUGUUUCUCUCUUUCCAUCUCUAUUCCUGUCGCUAACUUGACUGGUUCUGUUCUAUAAUAACUGGGCAAUGAAUGAAUGAAUGAUGAUGCCCCUCAUGUCGAUGAACUGAGAUUCUAAUGCUUUUUGCACCAGAUACGCGAUUUAUGCUCAAAUGCUUGGAUCUUCCGGUGUUCACAUGGGCUCCAGCUUCAAGUGGUUGAAGCUACCAAAUUACUUUUAGCUUCUUGAUGUCUCUCAUGGGUUAAGACUUGUGGCCAAAUGAUUUUUCAUUCCAAAUAUAGAAGGACAUGGAUGAGAGACGAAAUGAUGCAGGGCCCGCAGAACAAGGGCCAUCAAACUCUUCAUGGUGGCCAUCAGACUUUGUUGAAAAAUUUGGAUCCGUUUCCCUGGGUUCUCAAGAAGAGACCUUAAAUCAUAAAGAAUCACCUAGACAUUUUGACCAAGGUGUUUUGUCACCUCAUAAGGCAUCACAAAUUCUCUGGCGCACUGGCAUGCUUUUAGAACCAAUACCAAAUGGCUUUUAUUCAGUCGUUCCUGAUAAAAGGCUCAAGGAAAUUUUUGAUAAUAUUCCUACAAUGGAUGAUAUUCAUGCUCUGGGCGGAGAGGGUCUAAAGGCUGAUGUCAUUUUGGUGGAUGCGGAGAAAGAUAAAAAAUUAUCCAUGUUGAAGCAGUUGAUCGUGGCCCUUGUGAAAGGAUUGAGCUCAAAUCCACCUGUGAUGAUAAAGAAGAUAGCUGGACUAGUUUCUGAUUUUUACAAGCGAUCAAAUGUGGAAAGUCCAGCAAAAGCUGCAGUAGAGGAAACCUCCCACAUGUUUGAGAAUCGAGGUGCCCAAUUACUUGGACAAAUAAAGAAUGGUUCAUGCCGUUCUCGAGCAAUCUUAUUUAAAGUGUUAGCAGAUACUGUUGGUCUUGAAAGUAAGCUCAGGGUGGGUUUGCCGAAUGAUGGGGUUGUUGAAUGUGUGGACUCGUACAAGCAUAUGUCAGUGACUGUUGUAUUAAAUUCUGUGGAACUGCUGGUUGAUCUCAUGCGAUGCCCUGGUCAAUUAUUACCUCGGUCCAACAAGGCAAUUUUCAUGACACAUAUUUCUGCAGCAGGAGAGAGUGAUUCUGCAGAAAAUGAUUCCUGUGAUUCACCUCUAGAACCAAACAGUCCUUUAUAUGGGGUUUCAGAGAAAGUGGAUCCUGACAGCGCUGAAAAGGAGGAGAACUUUCCAUUCCAGAGGAGAUUUGACACUCCUUCAAAUGUAUCUGGCCUUUCUUUGCGAAAUUUGAUGUUAAGGUCAAAUACCAGUCUAGAUAGGAAAUUGAGUUUGUCUCAUAGUGAACCCAAUAUUGCAAUUGCAUUUGGUCGGCGUAGUCGGAGAAAGGUCAUUGCUGAACAGAGGACAGCUAGUUCCAGUCCAGAGCAUCCAUCAUUUAAGGCACGUGGUCGGUCCAUGCUUAGUGGUGAUAGGAAAGCAUUCAGAGACUUUGCGGAUGAUGAGGCUGCAUCAAGGUCAGAUGGUGCAUCUUCAUCAGAAGCUCGAAGGAUUAGAAGAAGAAGCAUCAGCAUUACACCUGAGAUUGGUGAUGAUAUCGUAAGGGCUGUUCGUGCGAUGAAUGAAACACUGAAGCAGAAUCGUCUUUUGAGAGAGCGAGGGGAUAAUAGCUCAUUCUCCCAUUCUGCAAAUGAUACAAAUAGCAUUGAAGACCUUCAGAAAAAUAUGUCAAAUUUCCAUCGAGAUGGUCGUGAGAGAUCUACUUUGAAUUCUCUUCCACCUGAUCAUGUAAAUUCCCAGAAAGCAAUGUCAUUACCCUCUUCACCGCAUGGCUACAGGGGCCAGACAUCUGACAGAAGUGGGCUAUCGAGAUAUGGAGUGAACGAAUUGCAAUCAACAUGGAAUAAAGUCCUUGAAUCGUCAAUGUUUAAUAAUAAACCCCUCUUGCCAUAUGAAGAAUGGAAUAUUGACUUUUCAGAAAUAACCGUUGGAACACGUGUCGGGAUUGGGUUUUUUGGAGAAGUCUUCCGUGGGGUGUGGAAUGGCACAGACGUUGCAAUCAAGGUUUUUCUGGAGCAAGAUUUAACUGCUGAAAACAUGGAAGAUUUCUGCAAUGAGAUAUCAAUUCUCAGCCGGCUCCGACAUCCAAAUGUAAUUUUAUUUCUUGGGGCGUGCACAAAGCCUCCACGCUUGUCAAUGGUUACUGAGUACAUGGAAAUGGGAUCACUGUAUUACUUGAUCCAUUUGAGCGGCCAAAAGAAGAAACUUAGCUGGCGGAGAAGACUGAAGAUGUUGCGAGAUAUAUGCAGGGGGCUGAUGUGCAUACACCGAAUGAAGAUAGUUCACCGUGACCUGAAAAGUGCAAAUUGUCUUGUGAAUAAACACUGGACGGUGAAGAUCUGUGAUUUUGGGCUUUCAAGGAUCAUGACAGAGCCUAGUAUCAAAGACGCUUCAUCAGCCGGAACUCCAGAAUGGAUGGCUCCUGAACUUAUUCGGAAUGAACCGUUCAAUGAAAAAUGUGACAUAUUUAGCCUGGGAGUGUUGAUGUGGGAGCUCUGUACUUUGAGCAGGCCUUGGGAGGGUAUACCACCAGAAAGGGUGGUUUAUGCCGUUGCUAACGAGGGAUCUAGGCUGGAUAUUCCUGAAGGCCCGUUAGCCAAGCUUAUUGCAGAUUGUUGGGCAGAAUCAAAUGAACGGCCAAGUUGUGAGGAGAUCCUCUCUCGUUUGCAUAAUUGCGAGUACUCUAUGCUGAGCGAAACAUGAAGGAACAUUUUUGUACAUAGUAAACUUUUUUGGCAGAGUUGUUAAAUCUGUUCCUCCCCGGCUUCUCUUGUAGUUGUCAUUUUUGUUCUUUUUCCCAUACUUGUGAAAACAUAAUGGUUACAAUUUUCAUCAUUCGCCUGUGCAAACAUAUCUCCUUUUUGAGCAAUGAAAGCAAAGUUGAAUUUUGUA